UUGGCGUUCAAAUUGAGUCGCAAUGCCUUGUUCACCGCCGAAACUGAAAAAUUUAUGUGUCACAUUUCUGAGCGCCAGCCAUGAUUUGAAAGACGCAAAUGGCAAGCUGGUCAUACCCGACUUUCUGGUCCUCCCUCUUUCUGUCCGAGAACUGUUCUUCGACUUGUACAAAGAGGACCGGUGUUUGAUCUCGUACAACCUGGCCAUGAGACUGGUGGGGCGGGACACCCGCCACCUGAACAUGAAAGGAGUCGAGCCGUUCAACGCGGAAGACUUUGCGCUCGACUUGCGCCACAAAGGGGUGCACCAGCUGCGCACUUUGGUGCUGCCUCCGUGGAGGGAAUGGGUGCAGGCGGGACACACAAUUCAGCCCUGUCAGUUGGUGCCGAACGAGAGCCUCGUCACUCUGUUCAUGAGACAACUUCACUGUGGAACUCACGACAUGGCAACGUUUGCUUUCAAAUUUCCAAACCUCAGGGAGGUGACAGUCGCAGUUACAGGCGAUUGCAGCUUCGAGUGUCUCUCAAAAUUGGAGCAGCUGAAGGAAUUCCACUUCUACUACGGCCCCGACUCGCACGCAGACGAGAGUGAUCAAAAGAUUGCGGACAAACUGCUCUACAGACUGCUGCGUUCCGUUCCGAAUUUGACCAGAGCGGGAAAAGUGAGCAACGCACUUCCUGGCAUUCGGGUCGUGGUGGACGAUAUGUCAGGGGGGCUGCAGCUGUGCAGGGUUGCACCCUUAAAUUUGACUCAUGUUACCCUGGACACUGCGACUAUAGCAAAUUUGGAGCUGAAACUGAUGCUUCCGAGACUGAGCCACCUGGAGAUGGUGGUCAGCGCGACGAGCCACGUUCAAAACUAUUUGAAUUUUCCGUGUUUGAGGUUUUUGCAAAUUUGGCCUGUGAUCGACUCCGUUCCCAUGGACAAAUUUCACGAUGCUUUGGUGUCUAGGUAUGAGUCGCAGGCGGAAAUUAUUAUUGGUGAUGAUGAUCGAGUCCAACUUUGUUCUUGGGACAUUUAAAUUUAUAUAAAUUAAAUAUGAAUGUAUCAAAAUAAGUUAACUUUAAUGAAAGUGUGGAAAAGUGAAAUACAUUUACUGAGAUUUACAUAUAUUUACAGACUGAUGAUGAAAGUGAAUAUUUUUUUACAUUCUCGGUUAAAAAGAAAACAAUUUUUUUCUACUAUAAAAUGGAGAUCAGCGUCAGAAAAAAGGUAUAAGCAACGAUUACUGAAGUCCGUUGAUGGCCAGGUUGGUUUUGUAGCAUUCGAUGCUGCACAGGGGAACUCCAGUUUUUGAGCACGAAUACCGUUUCCUGUUCUGGCACCCUUCAACGCGACACUUCGCGGCAGGUGGUGGCAGUGGUCUGCACAGAGAAUUAUCAUAUUAUUACAUAUUUCCGCAGCAAAACAAAUCUCAUUAAAACAUGAUAUUUUACGAUUUUCUCGCACUUUAUGGCCCGUACCACGCCUUUAAUAUUAAUUCACUGGGAACCACACCCCAAAUGAGAAAACUCCCUCGAUAUUUCCCGACGUUUCUUUCGCAGUAAUUGUAUAAAGAUCAUUUUGAGUGGUGGAUUUUCCACUUACGGCAAUUGAAAAAAUAAUUAAACUCACUUUGGCUUUGAUUCUUGAAUUGGGCAUUGCAUUCCGAGUGGAAAGCUGAUGGUGGUUUCGUUUUCGUUGUUGACCAUCAGCAGCAGCGGCUCUUGCGAGAAGUUGCUGCUCUUUUUGGUGACUGGCCUGUUCGCCUUGGACGCCUGUUUCUUCAACAGCCUGUCCAUCGUCAUUUUCUGCAAUUUAAAUAAUUAAUUAUUACAAGACUUUGUUUAAGAUAUUCAAUCACGUACCUUAUCUUUCUCCCUCUUCUCCUCGGCCUGCUGCUUCCGGCGCUGCAGCUUCAGGGCCCGCUUCUGCAUCAUUUCCUCGGUGAUAACCUUUUCCUUGUAGCCCGAAGGGAGGGCCAUCAACGGCAGCUCUUCGCCGGGGAAGUCGCUUUUCUUUU